CCAAUCAUCACCUCUCUCUCUCUCUCACGUCACCCACCUUCAUUUCUCUCUCUACAAUUUUUACAUACAACAAACAUAUAUCUAUCCCCUCUACCCUGGCUUUUCAAAUCAAUACGAGUGAGUAUAUACGUUACUGAUACCUAACCCUCAUUAUUUUCCUUAACCUUUUUCCAAUACAAUUCUGCCUUUCGCUAGGGUUCAUCCGCUGAUUUUUUUAUUAAAGCGGAAAAUUCCCUCUGCGCAGUUUCUUUCCUAGAAUUAGUCUAGUAUUAGUUGGUUUUCAUUUAUUAUUUUGUUUGAUCGGGAAUUAUGGGGAGUUUGAUUGUGGAAUCAAGUGCGGUUUCUACUCACACCGAAGGAAUUUUUGUUGAGAGUGAUUUGAAAGAUAGCAAGAAGAAGAAGCGUCGAGCGAAAAAGUCGAAGCAAACUACGUCAGUAAGCGAAACUGUCCUGGAUGCGUCUAGCUCACAGAUUGGUAACGCUUCAUCGCAGCAUAUGAUGUCACAUGAGCAUCAUCAACUGCCAAAAGAAAGUAAUGUAGGCAUCGGAUUAAUGUCCUCAAAACAUGUAGAGGAACUAGUUACGGACGGGAACCUGCUGAAUCAGCAAUCAGUUCCUCAAGAUUGUGAGGAACCAUUAUCUCUAAGUUCAGUACCUGGGUCUGCUUCUAGUGAAGAGCCUGUUGGACCUGUGUUGAUUGCACGACCAUUAUCUCUAAGUUCAGUACCUGGGCCUGCUUCUAGUGAAGAGCCUGUUGGACCUGUAUUGAUUGCACGACCGAUUGAUUCUCUGGCGCGCCGAACAUAUUUUCCUCCUCAUUGGUCUACGGAUGCUAUGAAUAGAGCGCUAGAGAACGGAGAAUUAUUGAGGGCUGUGUUUCGUGUCAAUGCUCAUAAUAGACUUGAGGCAUACUGCAAGAUCGAUGGGGUCCAAACUGAUAUUCUCCUUAGCAGUGUGGUCGCUCAAAACAGAGCUAUUGAUGGAGAUACUGUUGCUAUUGUCAUUGAUUCACCAUCAUUGUGGCCGAGAAUGAAGGGGUCAAAUGAAACUAUGAAUAAUACUGAAUCCGGCAACAAUUUGCAUGAUGGUCGCAGACAUGCUCAAGAUUGUUUGAGUGGAAAAUGUAAUUUAGAUGUGGAGGCCGAGAAUGGCUUUUCCAAAAACAAUGUAGUUGUUGCUAAAGGUGGUGCCUAUCAGGAUAGUGAGUCUUGUCCUGGUGAAGUCUCACAUUAUAGCAAUAAAAAUGAAGUGUUGGGUGAUGGCUAUGUCGGUGGCUGUCAACUAUCUACAUCUGAUUCUUCCAUGCACUCUUGUCUUGGUGAUGCUCAUGACACAAGGAUUUCAUUGGAGAAGUUGUGUGCCUUAACAGGUUUAUAUCCAUCAAAAAGACCAACUGGUUCAGUUGUUGGUAUCAUUGGAAGGUCUAUUCGAAGGGACUAUAUUGUUGGUUUCUUGAGUGUGAAGCAAUGGAUUUACAGUAGAGAGAGCAAAAAAAAGAACUCCAGGAAGAAUAAACAUCAACAAGAUCUCAAUCAGGGAUAUGUUUUAUUGACUCCAAAUGACCCGAGAUUCACCAAAAUGAUGGUCUCCCUCAGAAACCUGCCAACAAGCAUCAAAAAACGUUUGGAAGUUGGUGAUUUAACAAUUGAGUCAGAUUUAGUGGCUGCAAAAGUGGUUGAUUGGGCUGAAGAAAGUUAUAUCCCGGAUGCACGUGUUAUUCAAGUUUUUGGAAGAGGCAGUGAUGCGGAAGCUCAGAUUGCUGCAAUUUUGUUUGAAAAUGCAAUUGAUGCUUCUGAAUUUUCUUCUGAAGUACUUUCUUGUCUGCCCCGCACCCCUUGGGAAAUACCCCAGGAAGAGUUAGAAAGUAGAAGAGACUUAAGAAAUUUGUGCAUUUUCACUAUAGAUCCUUCAACUGCUACUGAGCUUGAUGAUGCAUUAUCGGUAGAAAUGCUGCCCGAUGGUAAUUUUCGGGUGGGGGUUCACAUAGCUGAUGUUUCCUAUUUUGUUCUACCUGAUACAGCUCUAGACAUUGAUGCCCUAAUUCGAUCUACCAGUGUGUACUUAUUGCUGCGUAAAUUGCCAAUGCUGCCCCCUAUGCUCUCAGAUGAUUUAGCAUCCCUCAACCCUGGAGUGGAUAGACUUGCCUUUUCUAUUAUUUGGGACAUGAAUUCUGCUGGUGAAGUUCUAGAGCGUUGGAUUGGCCGCACCAUCAUAAGGUCUUGUUGCAAGCUCUCGUAUGAGCAUGCUCAAGACAUUAUCAAUGGUUUGUUUGAUUUUCAGGAUCGUAAUCAAACAGCGAAACCUUGGCCUAAUUUAUAUGGCCAAUUCGAAUGGUCUAACGUCAUCGAAUCUGUGAAAAGUCUUCACGAGAUCGCGAGGCUUUUAAGGAGGAAUAGGUUUGAAGGUGGGGCUUUGUCACUUGAAAGCCCAAAAGUUGUUUAUUUGUUUGACGAAGAAGGCGUACCAUAUGAUACUGUGUUUUCUGAGCGCAAUGACUCAAACAGUCUUGUCGAAGAGUUAAUGCACUUGGCCAAUAGGACAGCUGCGGAAGUGAUUACUAGAACUUAUCCAUCCUGUGCUCUACUGAGAAGGCACCCUGAACCUAAUCCGCGGAAACUUAGAGACUUCCAGGCUUUCUGUAACAAACAUGGUCUAACAUUGGAUAUUUAUUCAUCUGCUCGCCUCCAUAGCUCGUUGGAGCACAUCAGGGGGGAAGUUGGGGAUGACACUGUUUUGUUUGAUAUCCUAAUGUCUUAUGCUGCAAGGCCAAUGCAGCUGGCUUCGUACUUCUGCAGUGGAGAACUCAAGGACAGUAGUGAUCAUGGUCACUACGCACUUGCAGUUCCUUUGUACACACACUUCACUUCUCCUCUGCGGCGAUACCCUGAUAUUGUGGUACACCGAACAUUGGCUGCAGCUCUAGAAGCUGAAGAUGUUUACUUAAAUAGGAUAAGAAUGUUGAAAAACAUAUCCAUGGAGGAAACGUUGGAGAGAUGCUUUACUGGUGUACACUUUGACAAAGAUGAAAUAGAAACAGUUGAAGCUCAACAAGCUUUGUCUGCUGGAGCAUUAAGAUAUAGGGUUCCACAGACUGAAAAUCUUUCUGAUGUGGCUGCUCAUUGUAAUGAGAGAAAGCGGGCUGCCAGACACGUGAAGGAUGCUACUGACAAGCUCUACAUGUGGCUUCUUCUUAGAAAGAAGCAGAUACUAAUUUCCGAAGCCAGAGUUUUGGGGCUUGGACCAAGAUUUAUGUCUAUAUACAUUACAAAGCUGGCUAUUGAGCGACGCAUAUACUACGAUGAAGUUGACGGGUUAACAGCAGAGUGGCUGGACACGACAUCAACCCUGGUGCUCAGUCAGUCGCAUAAACGUUCAAGCAAGAAAAGUAGUCCUGGAAAAAUUAGCAAGACAGUUGACGAAGUUGCUCUGUUAGUGAACCCCGUUGAGGGAGAGAUCGGCGAGUCACAAACAUUUGGAGACGUUACCGAGAGAAUGGAUUGUGAACCUGUUUUCUUUCCUCUCACUCUGCAUAUCCUGUCAACAAUUCCUGUUGCUUUGCAUGCUGUUGGUGGGGAUGACGGGCCCCUUGACAUCGUGGCAAGGAUGUACGUUAGUUCAUAUUUUCACUAACUGCAUCACCACGGCCUCGUCCCCCUAUUCCCACAUGCACCCUGAAAGAAGUGCAGAUAUAAGGCCAGGUUCAGCUGGAGAGGAGGGCAGCCGGUGGUGGUCGACGAGGAGGUGUAUAUAAGGGGGUGGUUUAACCUCUAAUCUGGUGUUCAUCUCGUGGCUCUGUUUUAGUUAUGAGCCACUAGGGUGUCGCCGGAGCAGUGGGGGAGGCGGUCUUAUCUUUUUUGUUUCGACCGGUUGUCCCAAAUUAACUCAGCUGAUUCUGGUAUGUGAUCGAAGUCGGAAGUUUUGAGUUGAAGCCAUAGAUGUCUAAAUCCUUGGUUUUUGGGAACUCUAUGUUCUAUUUAUUGCAAUGCUUUUUUUUUAGACUAAUAUACCAACAUAAACUUUCUUUCU